AUGUCUUCUGAUCAUAAAAUUAUACAGUUUAAAUUUUUCUUCGCAUCUAAAACCAUUCAAUCUAAUAAACGUUUGGUCUACGAUUACAGACGAGCCAACUUUGACGGCCUGCGAAAACGUUUAAUAGACAUCUUGCAUCAUAUUCGUAAAAAGGUUACUGCCCGUAAGAGAUUCCUUAGCCGUGGAACUGAUUAUCUUAAGGCGAAGUUUAACAAACUGAGAGCUGAAGUUAAAAAAAUGAUUCAAAAUAGCAGAGAGUCAUUUUUCUCGUCAUUAGGAAACACUAUACAAAUCAACCCAAAACGUUUUUGGUCGGUUUUCAAAAUCAAGUCAAGUUCUGGAAAUAUACCCAACUCCGUCACAAGGUCGGAUACCAACAAUCCUGGGACUAGAUUACAUGCUAACACACCACACGACAUUGCAACAAUGUUUAACGAGUACUUUCAUUCUGUCUACACAUGUUUCUCUGACCAACCCCCGCCAUCUCAAUCUGGUUCAUCAUCUCCUUUAUCCAGCAUCUCAUCCAUUGACCUCUCUCUAGAAGAAGUAUAUCAAGCCUUACUGAACUUAGAUCCUUCUAAGGCUCAUGGUCCUGACGGGUUUCCUUCCCGCAUUUUAAAGGAAUGUGCCCUCCAAUUAGCACCUUCACUUCAUUACUUGUUUUCAAAGUCACUCCGUUUAUCGCAGUUUCCCACCGAAUGGAAAUUAGCUAAUAUAAUUCCUCUACUCAAGAAAGGAAACAAAGAUCACGUUGAAAACUACCGUCCCAUUUCUCUGUUGUGUAUCAUAAGCAAGACUCUUGAACGUUGUGUCCUCAACCAUUUAUCGCACCGUAUACAGUCCAACAUUCAUUCGGCGCAGUAUGGUUUCGUCAACGGAAGAUCAAGUACAGCUCAGUUAUUGUCAAUUUUAAACACUAUUGGGAAAAACUUGGAUCAGGGUUUACAAACUGAUGUUGUUUUCAUGGAUAUUUGUAAGGCCUUCGAUAGCGUUGACCAUUCCAUACUUUUACAAAAACUUCACGAUUUCGGCUUCUCUGGUUCUCUCUUGCUAUGGUUUCAAAACUAUUUAUCAGGUCGCUUCCAACGGGUAACUGUACACGGCGCUACGUCUACGUCUCUGCCAAUCACAUCUGGAGUCCCACAAGGAUCGUUGCUGGGUCCCUUUCUCUUCUCAGUGUACAUCAAUGACUUACCUAACAACAUAUCCACUUCCACUGGGGUCGGUUUGUUUGCUGACGAUACCAAACUUUACAGAUGUGUGCAGAAUCCCUGUGAUGCAUUGGUCUUGCAAGAUGAUAUUCAAGGCCUACUUUGUUGGUCGAUAGAAAACCGGCUACGCUUUAACCAAUCUAAGUGUAAAGUGCUGUCAAUAACCAGAAAGAAAUCGCCUUUAUUUUAUCCCUAUAAGCUUGACAAUGAUCAGUUGUUGGUUUCCGACGCACAGGCUGAUCUGGGUAUCACCAUUAGUCAUAAGCUAUUAUGGAACGAUCAAGUAAAUAAAGUACGGUCGAAAGCCAACCAAAUGCUCGGGCUAAUUAGACGAUCUACCGCGGAGAUGACUGUUAUCAACGCGAGGAGGCUUCUGUAUCUACAACUCGUACGCAGCAAUUUUAGUUAUGCAUUUCAAGUAUGGUGCCCACAAUCCAUUAAGUUAAUCGAAGACAUCGAGAAGGUGCAGAGAAGAGCAACGAAAUGCAUCUUAAAUCUUGGGUUUACCACCGAUGUCUCGUACAUAACCAGAUUACAUCAACUGGAGUUACUACCAAUAACUUAUUGGCAUGAAUAUUUGGACAUGGUUUUACUCUAUAAGUUAAUUAACAACUAUACCUAUAUUGAUGAGAGUGCUCUACCAAUAAUAGCUGAAUCAGGAAAAACCAGACGUGAAACCAAUGAUAACGUGA